UUCAGCCAGCUCCCGCGGCCGCCGCUCGCUCCGCGGGGCGGGACUUCCGGUAUCCCCCAUAGCACUUCCGCCCGGGGCCGGAAGCUCUGCUGCCCUCCGCUGUCAAGGGGCAGCCGCCGAGACCACCAGCUGCUGCUGGCAGAUCUCACAUUUUGGAUUCUGGCUGUCUUAUAAUGAGUGACACUUUGACAUUAGAUGUCAUUGGUCAAAGAAUUGAAGUAAAUGGAGAAUAUGCAACAGUGCGUUUUUCUGGCGUUGUCCCUCCUGUGGCAGGACUCUGGUUAGGAGUGGAGUGGGACAAUCCGGAGAGAGGAAAGCAUGAUGGGAGCCAUGAAGGGACUGUGUACUUUAAAUGCAGGCACCCAACGGGAGGAUCCUUUAUUCGUCCAAAUAAGGUAAAUUUUGGAGUGGACUUUCUUACUGCAGUUAAGAACCGCUAUGCAUUAGAAGAUGGACCAGACGACCAUGGGAAAGAGCAAAUUAUUACAAUUGGGAAGAAACCUGUGGAGACCAUUGGUUUUGACUCUGUGAUCAAACAGCAGAGUCAUCUGAACAACUUGCAAGAGAUUUCUCUAAGGAACUGUGCAGUAAGUUGUGCUGGUGAAAAAGGAGGAAUUGCCAGAACAUGUCCUAAUAUUACAAGAGUAGAUGUGUCAAAAAACCUGUUGUCAUCAUGGGAUGAAGUGAUUCGUAUUGCUGAUCAACUCAAAAACCUGGUGGUUCUUGAUCUCGGUGAAAACAAGCUGCAGUUUCCCUCUGGCUCACCAGUGCUAACUGGAACGUUUUCUACAUUGAAGGUAUUAGUUCUCAAUCAAACAGGAAUUACAUGGGCUGAGGUGCUGCAGUGUGCCCCCGGGUGGCCAGUCCUUGAGGAGCUGUAUCUGGACUACAACAACAUCUUCAUUUCCGAAAGGCCCAGUAAUGUUCUACAGACGCUCAAGCUGUUAGACCUUUCCUCUAACCCAUUAAUUGAUGAAAACCAGCUGUUCCUGAUAGCCUAUCUGCCCAGAUUAGAACAGCUAAUCCUUUCUGACACUGGAAUUUCUUCUAUACAUUUUCCGGAUGCUGGAAUUGGGUGCAAAACAUCCAUGUUCCCGUCCCUGCAGUACCUUGUAGUAAAUGACAAUCGGAUAUCACAAUGGUCAUUCAUCAAUGAGCUAAAUAAAUUACAGAGCUUGCGUGCUCUGUCCUGUCUAAGGAACCCCCUGACUGAAGGAAGCAAGGAAGCACAGACCACUCGACAGCUCAUUAUUGCCAAAAUUGGUCAGCUGAAGACCCUGAACAAAUGUGAGAUUCUUCCAGAGGAACGGCGAGGAGCUGAGCUUGAUUACCGAAAAGCUUUUGGAAAUGAGUGGAAAAAGGCUGGUGGACAUCAGGAUCCAGAGAAAAACAGACCAAAUGAAGAAUUUCUUGCAGCCCAUCCUAGAUACCAGCUCCUAUGCCACAAAUAUGGUGCACCUGAGGACGGAGAACUCAAAGUACAACAACCAUUUAUGCUGAAAAACCAACUACUGACACUGAAGAUAAAAUAUCCAAACCAACUUGAACAGAAGGUCUUAGAGAAGCAACUGCCAGGCUCCAUGACCAUUCAAAAGGUGAAGGCAUUCCUGUCACGUCUUCUCAAAGUUCCUGUGUCAGAACUUCUGCUGUCCUAUGAAAGUCCCAAGUUUUCAGCGGACACAACAUCUUUGUAUGUGGUGCUGAGGAUCGAACCCUGGCCGUACGCACGACAGGCGAGCACGCUACUGCUUGAGCCACAUCCCCAGCCCGAAGAGCAGCUUUUCAACAGGCCGACUUACCCUGAAUGGUGUAAAUGAAGCCACCUGCAACUCCUUCCACACCUUCCAUGAAUUCAUGAGGCAGUGCACCCUCCCCAGCCUGGAAGGAAUGAGAAUGGCAGUGUCCAGGGCCGCACAGCAGAAAGGAAUGUACCGCACUGGACCAUCAUCUGACCAGUCCUGACAGGACCCCACUGCAGCACGCAGCAGGCUGCUACUUUUGUUAUCUAAUUACAAUCUCUUUUUUGGUACUGGUACUGGAGAUUGAACCUGGGUGCUCUACCAAUGAGCUACACCCACAGCCAUUUUUUAAAUUUUGAAACACAAUCUUGCUAAGUACCCACACUGGCCUCAAACUGGAGUCUCUGGGAUUACAGGUGGGUACCACCACGCCUGGUUUAACUGCAGUCUUAAGAUCAUAUAUGUUCGGUGGCUCAAAGGUGUUCGGAAUUCCAACUUAACGUGGAAUCAUAUGUUCUUAUAUUUGCUACCAUAAUAGUACUAAAAUCACUUUAUUUUACAUCAACUCCACCCCUUUAAAAAUUAAUGAAAAUUUUGACUUUCUGGAGACUGAUAAUUCUCAUAAGUUCAAAUAGAUAGGCACAUUUUACCUUUCAGUGAUCAUGCAGAGAAAAGCUUCUCUAAGGUCAGCACUCUGUCCCAAACAGUUCAGAUGGAACCCGCAUGACCACUGGUGAAUUUCAGGGCUAGAGCCAAUUCUGUCAAGAGCCAGAAACAGACCUUUCUGCCUGUUAGGCGUGCCUUUAUUAUUAGAGUCACCUCAAAAGCUGCCCGACACCCCUACUCAAACUGAGUUGUCACUCUGUGUCACACGCCAACUCGGAGUGAGCGUCCAUCAGAGCUGCACUACAGCUGCUACUGGUCGGAGUGUUCAUGGCCUUUCCUCUGUGAACUCACCUCAGCAGAAGGGAUACUGCUGGGCUAUUCGCUUUUCAAACAAAUCUGUUCAGCAGAGUUUUACUGUGUAAAGCAAUUUCGAGGGCCAGCAGUGAGAGAAUUCUGAAGGCACUGUGGUAACACAUCAUUUAAUUUAAAAAUACGGUUUGUAGCCAAAUGCUGAAGAAAUUAGUCCAGGGGAAUGCUACAGAAUCCAGCCACGUAGUUCUAACCACCAUUUUUUUUUUUUUGGCUGGUGUGUGAUAGCUGUAUUUACUGGUGGGAUUUGUUGUUAUGCAUUCGCACUUGUACACACUACACAAUAACACAACGCAACUUGGCCAGUACUACUCCCCAGCACUUCCUCUCCCUCCCAACCCUGCAGUUCUGUGAAAGGUCACGCACUCUUCAUCUUUGAAUCGCUUCCACUGUGCUGUACCGGCCUGUUUGGAGGACAGCAUUCUUUGGCAGGGAGCAGAACUGGUGAAAAUCCUCCUCUGCCCAGGUGUGUCUCUGCGGAGCUUCCCCUUCCCCCACCUCAAACCUCGACCUUUCACCCUCUGCCACAGUGUGUACUCCAGAGCAGAGCACUGGAGUCUACGUCUGAACCCACUUCUCAACUCUGAAGUAAACUUAUUUCCUUGACUGUCUAAUAAACUCAAAUACUAUAGGGAGGCAAGAAUUAAAGGCACUUGGCUUAAAUAAGGAAAUUAAGAGAAAUCUAUCAACUCCAUAGAACUUUCUACCCAAAGGACUUUUCAAAAAAGGGUGGAAUCCUGAACCCGGGAUGUGAAUGGCCAAGGCUGGGAGCUGUCGGACGUGCAUCUGAGUCUGUGUGCUUAGUGUCCUUCCUCUCCCUGAACACUGAGUUCCCAUGACAGACCUGUAGCAGGGCAGGUUCAGUGAACAUCUCAGCACGAGCAGCAGUGCGCCACUGUGUCCUCUGCGUCUCUGUCUUGGGAACCCAACCCCGUGAACAGAUGAGUACUCAAAGAACUCACUGAAGGCCCCACGCCCACCCCCAACCACUGGCCCAGAGACAGGAGGAGAGAAGGGCCUGACAGCACACACAGGCCUGCCGCCCCAUUUUCCUCAUCACUCCACAUUUCAGAAAUCUGCCAAAUUUGCAUAUUUUAAAUUUGAAGUAAGUCUCAAAAAAUGAGAAAAAGGAGAAUCAAAAAAUCAGAUUUGCUUCAGCAAUAAAAAUAAAAGCAAAUAUCCAACUUAUUUUCCACUUUUCCCUUUAAGAUGGGGUCUCACUGUGUUGUCCAGGCUGCUCUCAGACUCUCGGACUCAAGUGAUCUUGCCUCAACUUCCUGAAUAGUGGGAAUCACAGGUGCAUGUCACUGCAUCUGACUCGGCAUUUUUAUCUCUAGUACUUUAUUUUACACAUAUAUUUUUUUGGCACCAGGAACUGAAUCCAGGGGUACUUUACCACUAAGCCAAGUGGCAUUCUUUUUUGUUUUUGAGACAGUCUAAGUUGCUGAAGCUGGCCUCCAAAUUGUGAUCCUCCUGCCUCAGCCUCCCAAGUAGCUGAAAUUACAGGUAUGUGCCAGGUAUCUAUAGAAUUUUAGCUGACAUUUCACUAUUAAGGUGAGAUAGUGAAUAUUCUAAACUACUGAACAAAUAUUCUUAAUUAUUUAAAAAUUUUUGAGAAAUAAAAUAUUGUACUUUAACAAUGCACUUUUUUUGCAGCAAUGUGGAUCAAACUCAGGGUCUUGCACACGUUAGGCAAGUGGUCUACCACUGAGACACAUCCCCAGCCCCCCAAACAUGCACCAAUCUUAAGGCUGACUCCAUAUUCACCAGUGUUAGAACUGCAGAAUCACACCGAACACUUGAGCAUUCUGUCUUCACCAUGGCGACUUAACAACACUUACUACUACAUAUGUUUUAAAGCACAUGAGAAUCAUUAUUCAAUACUGCCUGGGAUGGUAUAAAUUUUAAGACACUUUUAGGUAUAGGAAAAGCCCAAGAGAAGGCUGACUUACAGUAAUGACCCGGAGGACUCCGCCACCGUCAUGCACGGUCACCCUGUGCAAGUUUCCCGACACGAGCCCGUGGAGGUCUUGACUCUCCCACACCACGGUCCCUUCAAAGCUCUUUGGGGAAAAGAUGAAGAGUGAGCCAGUUUCUUUACUGUUGUCAUUUGGGUUAAAAUAAGUGUUUAGGUUCAGACCUGAGAGAAAUGCUUACUCUUUCUCCAAAAGAUAUCAGUUAAGUUAUUAUGCUGCAACUCUAACACCUUUUUCCAUGCACAUCUAGAAACCAACCAGAGUGUAUAAGGCUGGGCAGCAGAUGCCUCCGUUCCCCUGGCCCAAGGCCUCCCGGUGCAGCCCAGCAGCUCCCUUCAGUGGGCACGGCGCGCCCGCGCCCUGGGUGGAUGCGUGAGGGUUUACUGGAAUACUCCCUGCGGCAGACAUUUGGGGCUGCCACAUAGCUACCGCCUCAAUGCGGGAGUGUUUUGGUUUAAAUGUCUAUUUUUCCCCGAAUAAGUUGUAUUUUAAAAACUAAAUUCCCAGAGGUGAAAUCUUAGACUGAGGUUUGUGUGUGUUGGUACACAUCGCUAAGGUGCUUUUCAAAAGUCCUUUUCUAUCACGUUAUGAGCGGAUUUUGAGAAUGCCUGGUGUGGGUGCAGGGAAUGACCCCUGGUUCAGCUGCAUUUCUGAUCCCAGGGCUGUUCUCUCCUGAUGAAGGCCUGUCCUCUUCUGUGCCACCUGGUUAUUGAGUUUUCUCUUCUUUGUUAAUCUGUGCAAUUCUGCAGAGCACUUACCUUGAUCCUGUGUAUGCUGUGUGCACUAGAAGUAUUUUUUCAGAGUUGUUUGCCACUUUUUUUUGAAAUUCAAACAUCUAUAAAAUGCUUCCUACGGACUCUGACAAGCUUUUUUGUGAUGAUCACUGCUGAAUGCCAAGUUUAGCAAGUUGCGCUUCCCCACCCCAAGGUCCUGACGCCUUCUGACUUCUCUGUGGUCCGUUUUCAACUCUGCAGCUGGCUCCUGACACUGCUCAGGUCUUAACUCCACUUUCUCCAGAAACAAGCCACCAAGGCCCAAUCUGCCCACCACAUCGACCUGUUUCAUUUCCUUAAUGCCAUUUAUCGCUCUGCUAUUUCUGGUUUUUCCACUGUCAAACUGAUGGUUCCCAAUGGAACACAAGCAUCUUGCUGUUUUUCCAACCACCAUGUCCCCAGCAGGAGAAUGGCUUGACAUAACUAAAACUGAAAACCACUUGCCAAACACACAGUGUGGAAUUAAAGCCAAGUAGAUGACCUCCAUGUGGCACAUGAAGACCCGGCUCUAACGUAUCAACAGUCUCAUGUAUGAAAUGAAAAGGUGAGGACUGACAGUACCGUCUAAUUCAGUCAACAGCUCAGGAAACCAGGCAGAGUGAAUCUGUCUCAUGACUAGGUCAGUGGCUUACAAACUUUUUUUUUAAAGCAAUAAAACUUUUCUUCUCCACCAAAGCAGACAAAAACACUGCAAGAGCCUGGGUUAUGCUGCUCAGGUGCCCUUAACCUUUAUUAUCUGCAAACCCCUGAGGCACUGUCCCCACCCCCCCCUUCCUUGGAGAUGACCUUGCAGACACACUGCAGCCUGGGUCCUUGCUUCUCAGUUCUUAAUAAAACACAGAGAGCCAUGUCUUCCUCUAAGGGCUGCUCUGACGUGCACUCUCUGCUCAGAAAACAGGCUUCUGACCAUCAGAAGCACAGGAGGACAUGAACUGUCCUUUUCAAAGACUCUACUUUUCCUAGGUGUCCUUAACUCUCUAGCUCAAAUCUGAGUUUUAAAAAAACAAAACCUUCCCAUAAAUAGACAAAUAUACAGGAGGGAGAUAAAGAAAAAAGAUUAGGGAAGAAAUACACCAAAUAUAUUGAGCAACAGAUGGGUGAAGUCACGUCCUUAAACCUCUCUGCAUUUUUCCAAAUUUCCAACAACAAAUACAUGUCACUUUCAUACAUUUCUAUACUUUGAUAAUCAUGAAAAAAAAAUGUAAACCUGGAACAUAUAACCAACAAGCAAAUUUAGGGUCAGUCUUCCUCCAGACACGAGCCAUUACUUAAACAUUUCGGUAUGUAUGAUUUACCAGGCCUCUGACUGUGUGUUUCAAGUUCAGAAACAAAAAUGAAAGAGCCCAUAUCUUUAAAUCACCCUAAUAUGGAAUUAUCAAAACACGCUAAGAUGAGGUUCCAUGACAAGGGAAGGAAGUAACUGCGGGGUCGGGGCUCGGCAGGCUUCCAGCACCUCCAGCGCUGUCCCCAAGGGCUCUGGGUCAGAAAGCGGGAGGCAACCACAGGCACACACAGAAAACCAUGAAGAGCUCGGCACCAGACAAGGCGGGGGUGCACCCCCGGGACAGGAAGCCAGAAGCCAGAGGGCUGCAGCAGGAGAGGGCCUCAGGAGGGGCAGAGAGAGGGAGGGAGAGAGAGACACACACACAUACACACACACACACACACACACACGCAAAGGCCGGGGAAGAGCAGGCACCUGCUAGGGUGACCAGAUGGAGAGGGAGGGGCAGGAGGUGCCUGGGCUGGGUCAGGAUCAGCUCACCUGAGAAGAGGCAGUGUCCCCAGACCAGAAGAGCUGCGAAGCAGGGCUCCAGCAGCAAAAUCAAUGCCUCAAAGCCGUGUGCCCACUGGUCACUACAGAGGUAGUGUACCCACCGGACACUACGGAGGACCUUAAAAUAGAGUGCCCGCUGGCCAGUAUAGGGACUGGAGAGCCAAGGAUGUGUCCCAUGGUGCUGGUUCAGGUGGAGACACCAGACCUAAGGCUGAAGACAUAGGAGACAAGAAAGGGUAGCACAGAGGGGAUGUCCCCAGUAGGACGCCUGUGGGACGUGCACGUAGAGUUCAGCAAGCAGCCAGUCGAAAGCAGUCUGGGCUGCAGUGACAGGCCACCAGCCCACUGGUGGUAACAGAUGAAAUGGCCUGAGAAGAAUGAGCCAAACAGAAGGCGAGCAUCAAAAAGAAAAAAGGGAGAUAAUGACUCACACCUCAGGAAAAGCCAGCGUGCCAAAGAAAGUCCCUCCUCGUCUGGAGACCACAACCCAAGACUGCUCUAGCCCCACCUACUAGCUGAUGCUUGGCGUCUGACCUCUCCCGCUAUGCUCCUUCAGUGUACCCAACUCCACUAUGCCUGUCUUGACACUCUGGUUAGGUAAGUACCAGAGUUCACUGGCCCAAAGGAGAUGACCCCCAGGCCUGGCUCAGAAAACCAUCUUUCUAUACUGAAUCCGCUGGAGCUGCAUCUACCUGCCUGCGAACCCAGGCUGUGCCACGCCCUCCCCUCUUCCUCACACACCUGCAGUCCAUCCUCUGACGUAAGCUGUCACAACACCAGGAACCUAAAGGAGAGGAGCAACAUUUUCAUGGCAACUUGUGACAAGACAUAAAACUAAAAGAAAAGGAGAAAGCCUGACAAGAGGUUGGAAACGUGCUGUCCAUGACGUUGCAAGCUGUCUGCAACCCAUUCCCCAUGUUCACUCCGGCCUCGUGCUUCCUGCACAGACAUGUGUAUGUUUGUUUGGGUGGUGCUGGGGAUUGAACCCAGGGGUUCUCUACCACUAAGCUGCAUCUCCAGCCCUUUGUUCUAUUUUGAGACAGGGUCUUGCUACGUUGCCCAGGCUGGCCUUGAACUCGCAAUCCUCUUGCCUAAGCCUCCUAAGCAACUGGCCACCGCACCAAGCCAUGGUUUUAUUUUUUCCCAAUAAAGCUAAUAUGUAUUAUAGACCAUCCAGGAAACCAAUUUAAUAAAAGAAAAUGAAAACCAUUCA